AUGAAGGCCGCCCAGGAUAGCCGAUCAUUCAACAUCAACAAUGUGCGAGUCUUUGAUGGCCACGACCUUAGCGCACUCAAGGCCAUCUCAGUAUCUGGGGGCGUGAUAGUGGCGUCUCCUGUACUGGGCGCCAAAGAAAUCAAUGGCCACGGCGGCGUACUGAUUCCCGGGCUGAUCGACGCGCACAUCCACCUCAACACGGCGCAAGAGCUGAAAGCCAUGGCGCGCUACGGCGUGACAACGGGGCUCGACAUGGGGACAUGGCCGGCAUCGAAGAUCUCGGCCCAACGGGGCCACAAGCAUGCCAGCGACUUCCGAACAUCUGGAGCACCGGCAACGAGCCCGGGGAGCGUGCACGCGACGAUCCUGCCCAUGAUGAAGAGCUCGCUGAUCUCCAGCCCGGACGAGGCCGUCCGGUUCGUGCAGGAGCGCCUGGCCGAGAACGUCGACUACAUCAAGAUGAUCGCGGAGGACCCGGGCCCGGACCAAGCGACACUCGACGCGGUCGUUGUCGAAGCGCACAGGCACGGCAAGCUGGUCGUCGCACAUGCCUCGGAGCUCCAUGCCUUUCACAUGGCGCAAGACGCGCACACCGACGUGAUCACGCACGUACCCUGCGACGCGGCACUCGACGACACCGCGAGCGCACGCAUGGCGGCUGACAACCAGGUCUCGGUGCCCACGCUCACCAUGAUGAAAGCCAUCGCUGCGCCGUUCAGCGCACGCGUUUUGAAAUCCUUGCUUUCGCAUCCAAAUACCGUGCUCAGCAUCAUCAGCGCCACGAGGCGGAGGCAGCACCCCUCCCCGGGCAAGCCAGUCUACACCAACGCCCGCGCGUCCGUGACGGCGCUGCAUCGUGCGGGAGUGCCGAUCCUCGCGGGUUCGGAUGCUCACAUCGACCCGGCCUCGCCGGUGUCUGUCGUGCAUGGAGAAGCGCUGCAUCAGGAGCUGGAGCUGCUGGUCGAGGCGGGCUUGUCAUGUCUUGAGGCCCUGAGGGCCGCGACUGUGCUGCCGGCGCGGUAUUUUGGAUUGCAGGAUCGAGGGGCCGUGGAAGGGGGGAGGCGGGCGGACCUGGUGCUCUUAAGGGAGAAUCCGUUGGUUGAUAUUCGCAAUACAAGGUCGAUUUCUGCGGUUUGGUGUGCUGGCGUAUUGGUUCCACUUGCUUAG